UAGGCUCGCUCCGGACUUCUAAACAUGGCUGCAGCUCGUCAGUUACCCCGGUUUUGGGAAUGGGGCAAAAACAUCGUCUGCGUGGGAAGGAACUACGCGGAUCACGUUAAGGAGAUGAAGAGCGCCGUCCUCAGCGAGCCAGUGAUCUUCCUGAAACCUUCCACUGCUUAUGCCCCGGAGGGCACCCCGAUACUCAUGCCCCCUUACAGCCGCAACCUGCACCAUGAACUGGAGCUGGCGGUGGUGAUGGGGAAGCAGACCUGCGCCGUGUCCGAGGCCGAGGCCAUGGGCUUCGUGGCAGGCUACGCCUUGUGCCUGGAUAUGACUGCCAGGGACGUGCAGGACGAGUGCAAGAAGAAGGGGCUGCCCUGGACCCUGGCCAAGAGCUUCACUUCCUCGUGCCCAGUCAGCAAGUUCGUGCCCAAGGAGAAGAUCCCGGACCCGCAUAAGCUUAAACUCUGGCUCAAGGUCAACGGCCAGCUGAGACAGGAGGGCGAGACGUCCAACAUGAUCUUCUCCAUCCCCUACAUAAUCAGCUAUGUCUCCAAGAUAAUAACAUUGGAAGAAGGGGACAUUAUUUUGACUGGGACUCCGAAAGGAGUUGGGCCUGUUCAAGAAAAUGAUGAGAUACAGGCUGGAAUAGAUGGGAUUAUCACUAUGAGCUUUAAGGUGGAAAAAUCAAAGCAUUGAGGUUAUGGCAGUUGCUCUGGUUCCCAAGCUGCCAAAUCCUGAUGUCCUGAUUCACUUUUUAAUGACAAUGGUUGAGUGAGGGGUAGAUAGAGGAGACUGAAGAAAUAAGAGUAAAUAAGAGUUGUGGAUACCUAUUAAAUCCAAACAUUAAUUGCUAA